AUGAGCGGCUUCAGAGGGAUUGUGAAGGAGGGGUGGCAUCCUAAGGGUCGGGACGGAGGCAAGGAGUCUUGGAGAGGCGACUUUAAGGGCAUCAAUCAAGUGGCCGGCUGGAUGGGCAAGAAAGUAGAUCCCCACAAGCAAGAAGACACUCACGUGUCCCGACCUCUGUCUAGUCUCAAAGACCCAGCUUCAUUUGGGCCGCCUCCAAAGAAUGUCAACUACCACGGUGGAGCUGCGCUGCCGAACGAGAUCACGCCUCAAACUUCAGGAUGGGGUGCUCCCUUGCGUCCGGAUCAGAUGUCAACCGUGAACACAGUAGCCAGCGGACCUACAGAGGAAGAGAUCUCAGAGCAAAAGAGAAACGCUGGCCCUCCGUUGCCCUAUAGGGCAGACCGAACAGGACUGAAGACAGAUCAUCUACCGCCGCCGCCUGUCCACCGCCACGUGGAUAGAAGUCCCGACGCCGCGCAACCAGGACCGCUCAGACAGCAACCGAGGGUACCACCAAGGCUACCUUCUCGGCAGCCUACGUUUUCUACACCCACUCCUCCGCCCGUGGUUAACUCUCCCUCUCCGCCUGCGUACGACUCGGCCCCAGCUGCCAUACCAGCGCAACCCAGUACAGGCUACGGGAUUAAUCAAGCUGCCGUCAAUAGAUUAGGACACUCAGGCGUCUCGGUCCCGGCCCUUGGUAUUGGGUCUAACCAGCCCUCAAACCCCUGGCGCAACGAGCAGAGCCAAACAAAUCAGCCCACUAGUCCGCCCACGAACGCCCAGCCGGCAACAAACCAGCUCUCCGAACUCCAGGCCCGCUUCGCUCGUAUGGGCCCAGGUGCAAGCGCAAGCGCAAGCAGCUUAAAGACUGUGACCCCUCCUUUCGUUACUCCCGUCCAAUCGCCCUCUCCUGUAUCGGCGCCUGCCCCCGUUCAACCAAGCUACACUCAGCCGGUGCAACCACAACCACAAGACCAUGGAACAACUUGGGCCGAAAAGCAGUCCGCGAUGCGCACGGCCCAAAACGCGUACAAAGACCCAUCCACAGUCUCCGCCGCAGACGCCACAUCGGCUGUACGCACCGCAAACUCAUUCCGUGAACGUCACAAGGACUCGAUCGAUGCUGCUGGCAAUCGCGCCAACGAAUGGAACAAGAAGUAUAACGUCACCGGCCGAUUGAACUCGUUUCUCGAGAAACAUAGUUCCCCAUCACCUACGUCAGAAAACGCGCCGAACGGAGGCAAUGGAACUGCAUACGUGGCGCAGCAGCCGAUGCAAGCAAGCUCCGUCAUACCUCCACCACAGAGUCCCGGGGUUGCGGCUUCGAUAUCUCGGAAACCGCCGCCUCCGCCGCCUCCGAAAAAGCCGGCUAAUAUGCAUGGGAGUAUUGGAGCAAUGGGUGUAGCGCCGCCACCUGUGCCACUAGGUACGAAGCCAAGCUAUUCGUGA